UCCAAGAGCAACUGUGGAAUUGCACCCGGAAUCCAACAGAGUGCUGCUGAUUUAUUUUCUAUUUUUGUAUUUUGGACCUAUCAGCUUAGCACCUUCUUUUUCUCCUGAAAUAUGAGCCAAGCUACAGGAUGUACACACCAGGACGUCUUCUCCUAUACGCAGGAAGAUGAAGCACGUAUCCUACAGGGUGCCACAAGAGAUGUAGCCUUUUUAUCAACACCGUCCACAUUGGAUCUUAAGAAAAGGUAUGAGUUAUAUUCCAAACGACUGAUCAAUUUGGACUUACAUGCAAUUAUUCUCAGCGAAUAUCAUCAUGCACACCGCAUACCAAGGGGCAUGCGCUCAAUUUUGAGACCUGAUUUCUUUCCUAAUAACCCAGAUUUCUGUUCACGGUUCGCACAGAUUUCGAACAAAUACUCUCUGGAUAUCAUUUUGUUAAAUGUUGAAUACCUACAUAAGGAAAUCUGUACCUUGAAAAUCAGUUUGGAACAGACAGAAGGGGAAUUAAAAGCAAUACUAACUACAGAGGAUGCAGAGAAAUACUUCAGUGAUUGUAAUUUACACCUGGAGAAAUUAAAACAAGAUCUACAAUCUACUAAGAGGAAAAAGUGGCAAAGGGAUAUGGAAGAUUACACUACCGGCUUUGUAUACAGUUGGCAAGGAGGACAGAGGACUGUUAGAAAAGGCCCUAAGAGGGUAGAACGACCCUCUCCCCAGAGUAAGAAGACUGGACCCUACAAACAAAGGAACAACUCCACAGCUCCAGAGAUGGACGAUUCCCGGAAUGCUGUUGCAGCAUCCAGCUCUAAUACACCUACAACCACCAUUCCUUUUUUAGGUCUGGGUCCAGAUCCCAUCGGACCAGACGAGGGGGAAGGAGGCAACAUAGUUGGCGUAAAGGGAGGCCAGAUGAAAUCACAAAGAACCAUGCGGAAGAGACAACUGUGAUUAUCUUGAUGGAAACGUUUGUCUUAAUUGAGAGGACAUCGCCCGACAUGAAAACUUCAAGCGAUUGUUACCAAUAUAAUUUUGUGUGUAUCUCUUUUCUGUAGAUCUCUCCAUUCACUAUUCAGGUUGGGGAUUCGAAGCCAAUGUUAUUAAUAUUAUUUAUUUAUCUGCGAUAGUCUCCCAUUGGGGCAGAAGGAUGU